AUGGCGACAACCUGCGAAGAAGACAACAACGGCAGAGACAAUGGUGCCAAAUUCCGGCUUUUCGGGGUCGAUUUGAUUCAGAAACAGACCAACACCAACACCACCACCACCACCAACAACGUUAACAGCAGCAGUAGCAACAACAACAGUAGUGUCUCUGUCUCUGUCUCUGUCUCUGAUGGUAUUUCAAUACCCAAACAUGAAUCCAGAGGGAUACCAUGGACACAAGAGGAACACUUGGCGUUCUUGGCUGGUUUGAAGCAACUGGGGAGGGGUGAAUGGAGAAGAAUUUCAAGAGAGUUUGUGAAAACAAGGACUUCAACACAAGUAGCUAGUCAUGCACAGAAGUAUUUCAUGAGAAUUCAGAGUUCAAAGACCAAGAAGAAGAAGAGAUCAAGCAUCUUUGACACUCCUUUGGACAACCACAAUAAUCUAAUUCCUCAAACAGAUUGCACAACUACUGCUUCAAAGCCCAAGGAAUCAACAGCUCAGGAUUUCAAUCAACUAAUCCCUAAUCUGGGUUUGGGUUAUUCCUCCUCUGUUUUUCCUAAUCAAGGAAGGAUCCCAUACAUGGGUGGUGUGAAUGGAGGAACCGGAGCGGCGGGUUAUGUGCAGAUGAUGAAUUAUGGGAGACUGAGCUGCUAUCCAUAUAUUCCAUACUUUUAUAAGAAUGGUUGUGGAAUGAUGCCUCUCUAUCCACCACAAGCUUUGCCAAUGGUUUCACAACAAGCUGGUGGCCAUGGAAGUUCAACAUUAAUGGUGGCUAAGGAUGUUAAUGUGAAGCUCAAGCUUGGACCUCCUUCUGAAUGCUCAACAUCACAACCAUCUGGAACCAUUAGAGUUACUUGA